GCGAAGCUGGCCAUGGAGGCUCGAGCGCGGCCGCCGCAUCUUCUGCCGCUGCUGCUGCUGCUCUGCGGUGAGUGUGCCCGAGUGUGUGGCUGCAAUGAGACCCGAAUGCUGGAGAGGCUGCCCGUGUGUGGGAAGGCCUUUGCUGACAUGAUGCACAAGGUGGACGUCUGGAAGUGGUGCAACCUGUCUGAAUUCAUUGUGUACUAUGAGAGCUUCACCAAUUGCACCGAAGUAGAGACCAACAUCGUGGGUUGCUACUGGCCCAACCCACUGGCUCAGGGCUUCAUUACCGGGAUCCACCGGCAGUUCUUUGCCAAUUGCACCGUGGACAGGCCGCACUGGGAGGAUCCUCCAGAUGAAGUGCUCAUCCCACUGAUAGCAGUGCCUGUCUUGCUUACCGUGGCUAUGGCUGGCCUGGUGGUGUGGCGCAGCAAACGCACUGACCAGCUGCUGUAAGGGUCUGUCUGAUGGAAGGCCAGGCCUGGAAAGCUGGAAGAAUGUUUCCCGGGGCUAUGAGAACUGGUGGAUGCUGCCACUGUCCGGCCUGCUUCAGGCACCUUCCAUCUGGUCAUGGCACACUCUCCCUGCCCAGGUUGAUUUGAUUCCUGCCCCCUUGGCUGGAACUCAGUCUGCAUACCCAAGCUUUUGCCCUUCCUUGGGCCAGUGGGAGACAUGAACAAAGCUGUAGCUUUGGAAACCAUCAUUGAACUAUCACUCCCCCAGGCUGGACCUCUUCUUCUCCAGCUAUUUCUUCGUCCUGUCCAGGCUUUGACCUAUCUCUAGCUGUAACCCUGACUCUAGCUCCUGCCUCACGCUGGCUCUUGCCACAUCUGGGCGAGAGGGCAGGUGAGGUCAUUUAGAAGUUACGUGCGGUAGAACCCUAAGCCUUUUAUGGUGGGGAGGCCAGAUGUACCCAUUGUGGGAAAAGCUGGGGGAUAAGGGACAGACUUUGGAGCUACAAGAGUCACAUGUGACUUAGAGACUGGUCUGUCUGCUUUGUCAGGAUUCUGCAACUGAUAUGGGCUGGCGGGAGGUGGGUCGGCUCCUCCCAGGGACAGGCUCUGCAGGGUUCUUGAGGACCUGCUUCCUCGGGAAGCUCCCUGGGGACCAGGCAUCUGGUGAUCAGUGAUUUGUCUGUCUUUCUUUCCUCUGAGUAAAGACUCUCCCUGUAGUCUUAUAUUUGCUUCAUUUCAAGGUAUCCUGAGAGUUAAUGCAGGCUCUCAGGACCGUGUAGGCUCUUAUACCCAGUUGACAGACUGAGAGCCUCUGAAGCCAUCAGAUCCAAAAUGUUGGGGCCCAGGGGUUCAGACUUUCAGCCUAGGGGACGAGGGUCACACAGGAGAGAUGCUUGCUGACCACCUGCAGGUCCUUUGCUUUCCUGUUUCCUCUCCAGUCUGCUUUGGGCUUGGCAGGGCCCUGACUGUAGGGAUUUGGGGCAGAUGUUGGCCCUGUGCAGCUGAACCACAGGGUGUGGUGCAUCAUCUCCAGGCCUUGUGCGUGCUUUGGCUGCAAGGACCCACAAGAAUGCUGACUCCAGCAUCCUCAGGCUUGAGGGGAGGUUGGAUGACCCCAAAGUUCUCACACCUUGGAAACUUUCUCUUAGCUAUUCGUGGCCAGGCAGGAGGUCCUGGAUUUAGGGGUCUCCUGGUGGGUGCCACAGGACUGAAGGUUUGGGUGGCCAGCUGAGCCUGUGCCCUGGGGGGGUGAUAUGAGGGCAGAAUCCAAGGCUACCUGAUAAUUCUCAAAGAAGACCAGGGCUUGGGAGGUCAUGAUCUGAAUGUGAACCAGCUGGGUAACUCCCGGCAUCUCCUGCCACUAGAGCCUUAGUUGGUCGCCCCUGAGAUGGGCAGUGUUUUCUGGAUCACCUGGCCUUGUGGUGGGGAUCUGAGAGGUCAGAAGCCUUUAGGAUCAGACUGCUCCACACAGAGCCAAACGUUGGAAUUGGUAUCUUGUCCUGAGAUUUGUGUGUGUGUGUGUGUGUGUGUGUGUGUGCGUGUGCGUGUGCGUGUGCGUGUGUGCCCACAUGUGUGCAGUUGGUGUGGGCACAGUCUAUCCCUUUGGUUUGCCUUCUCCUCAUUGCAGCAUCCCUGGAAUACAGUUUGGCUAGGCUUUUCUUCUUGUGGGGGCUGGGGGAGGGGCUGCAGUCACCUUCUGGGUUCCACAGAGCAGCUCCUCAUAGCUUCCUAGGGGAGUGUGAGCCUGGACUCACUUUACCCAGCUUUUCCCCAGACUCCCAGGGACUGCCUUUUGAUCUGCCUGCUUCUCUUCCCCUGCCAGCAGCAAAACUCCCUCAGAAAGAGGCCAGAGUCCCUGUCCAAGCUCAGAGGAAGCUCCUGUGGGAGUCUGCAGGGAAAGAAGAGGGGCAAUAAGCAGAAGCUGGUGCCAUCUUCAGGCAGAGAAGUCUGAGGGCAGGGUCUUCUGGGCAGUGGUGCCCUGGGGUAGGCCUGGGACUGCUGCCUCAUGGGGGCAAAGCAUGGCUGGACAUGACGGGGCUGGACUUGGGGGGCAAUCUCAGUAUUGUCUUUUUUGUCUUUUCAGUCUUGGAGUUUUCUUGUCUUAAAAAAAUCUCUUGUUGUGGUUUGUGUUUUCUUUAGCCAGAGUGCCCUACCCCGUGGAGAGCUGUGGAGAGCACAGAGGCAUGAGGUCUAGUCCCUGACCCAAGAACCCCUUCACUUGUUAGGGCGCCAGAGAUGCAGAACACAGUGAGAGGGAGAGGCGGGGCCUUGCCUAAGGACUUCCAGAAAGUUUCAAAGAGGAGAUUUUUAAAGUGGGGUCUCUAAGGGUGAUAGGAGUUGUUCAGUGCAGAUGAACACAGUGAGCAAAAGCCCAGAAGAAAAUGUACAAGGUGUGGUAUGGGAGGAGCUUGGGCAGUGUGGACAGGAGUGUGGGCAGGGAGGGAUUUGAGGAGGGGGGCAGGGUGUCUUGGGGAUGACAUCUCUGCAAAUGCAUAUUAUGUAAGUCACCAAUGGUGGGCCUCUUCUGUGAGCUUAUGGGUAGGUGUUUCUUUGUGUGUGUGUGUGUGUGUGUGUGUGUGUGUGUGUGUGUGCGCGCGCUAGUCUUGGGGCUUGAAUUCAGGGCCUUG